GAGGUUAUCGGUAGCGUUCAGUCAUUGUUCGUCUGUCGUCGGUACAACAUAGACUAAGCCAGUUAUGUGAGAUGUGCGCGCGAUGCGUUUUGUUGUGUCGUUGAUCUGGUGUUGCUGCGUGUUGUGCGUGUGCGCAUACGAUAUGAUCGUCGGUGACACCGUGCACAGGAAGAUGGUGUUCCACGAGAGGGUGAAGGAUUUCGCGAUACCUUUCAAGAAGCGAGUGAAAACAUUGACUUAUGCAGAUCCGGAGAAAAGAGUUAUUAAGGGCAUAGCAGCAGUAGACAACGACUUCUCCCACGCCAGUGCUAACAUUACAGAUGGGGGGGUAGGCUACAGUCACGUGACUGUCCGGAUGAAGAGCCAACGACACCACCCCCUCAACUUCGAAGUCGAAAUCUACGUCUAAACAGAUCAUGGAAGAAACAAAAAUAGAAGAGCUCGGAUAAACUAAACUUCAAAUUUUCUUAUUCCUGAAUGCGUUUUAUUGCUAAAGGUUGUUAAUAUAUACACAAAUAUAUAGUAUGUACACAUACACAUAUAAAAGUUGUUUAGGUUGUGUAUUAAGUAUUUUGUUUUUUACGUAUAGCUAUUAACAACCUAUAGUUAUAAUGAACUUCCGCAAGGUAACGCCCGAAGUACUUAGAGGUUACCGCAUUCGCAUGAUUGACGUCUGCAGACAAUAAGUACUAUAAAUUCUUAAAUUAUCAUAACAUUUGCAAUCAAAUCACUAUCAAUUACUAAUUAUUAUGCUGAAGCAUUGAUGAGUACUGAAUAAUAGAAUGAGAAAUGACGUUACAAAUUCAGUGUGGUAGACAUGAAUUGAAAUUCCGUUAAACUUAGUUCUUUUAAAUGUAUUUUCUUCAUACAACGGUUUGUCUACCAUGCUGAAUGUUGUCUAUCAAUUUCGUUUUGUCGACAUGAGUCGGUUGUGCAUGUGGGGUAACACCUUAACCGAAGAGUCUCUUUUUUCCAUUUGAUUAAAUCAGGAAUGUAAGUAUAAUAAUAAAAUUGGUUCCAAUUCCUACGGCCUUGAAGGCACUUAUUGAAUGAUAACUUUAACAAUUCAACUAGCAAUAUUUUUUUUUGUAUAUUAAUAUAAUUGUAAAUGUAACUAUCUAUAAGAUCUACGAUCUAUCUACCAAAUGAUAUAUGCACGUGUUCUAACGUUUAUGUAAAAAGCAAUGUACUUAGAUAUAAUGAAUUUGUAAUCAUAAGAAUAAAUUACUUAAUGAUUUUUACUUA